CAAACAUAGAGAAAUCUUCAACACUCAAAACACAACACAAUACUCAUAUUCUUCUUCAUCUACUCACUAGCUUGAAGAAGAAAUCCAUGGAGAACAGAAACGAUCAUGCUGUUCAUGAUGUUGAGCAAACGAGUAAUGGAAAUGAAGAUGAACCAGUCAUUAACUACAGAGGAAUCAAAGCCAUGCCCUUUAUCAUUGGAAAUGAGACAUUUGAGAAGCUUGGAACAGUUGGGUCAUCAACGAACUUGGUGGUUUAUCUGAACACAGUGUUUAAUCUGAAGAGUGUGACAGCAACUACUCUUGUUAAUAUCUUCAAUGGCACCACCAACUUGGCUCCUUUGCUUGGAGCUUUCCUCUGUGAUACUUACUUUGGACGUUACAAGACUCUUGGUUUUGCUUCUAUUGCCUCCUUUUUGGGAAUGUCAGCACUAGCAUUGACAGCAGCAAUACCCAGUCUGCAUCCUCCAAAGUGUGUAGGAAAAGAUAACAGCCAAUGCGUAGGCCCAUCAAUUUGGCAACUUAUCUUUCUUCUAUGUGGAUUUGGAAUGAUAGCUGUCGGAGCCGGCGGAAUCCGGCCAUGUAAUCUUGCCUUCGGCGCAGAGCAAUUCAAUCCCAACACUGAAUCAGGGAAAAGGGGCAUGAGUAGCUUCUUCAAUUGGUACUACUUCACCUACACCUUCGCCGUGAUGGUUUCAGUCACCGGCAUCGUCUAUGUCCAAUCGGACGUUAGCUGGGCUAUUGGGUUGGCCAUUCCUGCAAUUCUCAUGUUCUUCUCUUGCGCUGUCUUCUUCCUCGGAACUCGAAUUUACGUUAUUGUUAAACCUGAAGGCAGCCCCAUGACUAGUGUGGCUCAAGUUCUUGUUGUUGCUGUUAAGAAACGAGGGCUAAAGCUUCCUCAGAAUCCUGAUUUUUCUCUUUUCAACUAUAUUCCUCCCAAAUCUAUCAAUUCCAAUCUCCCCCACACGAAUCAGUUCAGGUUCCUUGACAAGGCUGCCAUUGUUACAGAGAAAGACGAAAUAAACAUGGAUGGCACAGCAGCCAAUCCUUGGAGACUAUGCAGCAUCCAGCAAAUUGAAGAAGUGAAAUGCAUGAUCAGAAUAAUUCCAAUAUGGGCAUCAGCCAUAAUCUACCAUGUCCCUUUAAUCCAACAGCAAACUUAUGCAGUUCUUCAAGCACUUCAGCUUGACAGACGUCUAGGUUCUGGAAAUUUUGAAGUUCCUGCUGCUACAUUUAUCAUCUUUACUAUGCUUGCCCUCACUAUUUGGAUACCCAUUUACGAUCGAAUCUUGGUUCCAUUUCUUCAAAGACUUACUGGGAAAGAAGGUGGAUUCACUCUUCUUCAGAGAAUGGGGAUUGGAAUCUUACUCUCAGUUCUUUGCAUGUUUGUUUCUGGGUUGGUUGAAGGACACAGAAGAGAGAUCGCUCAUACAAAGCCAACUCUAGGCAUUUCACCUAAAGGUGGUGGUGUUUCAUCAAUGUCUUGGAUGUGGCUAGUGCCUCAACUGGCUCUUGCUGGACUUUCUGAAGGAUUCAACUACGUUUCCCAGAUUGAAUUUUACUACAAACAAUUCCCAGAAAAUAUGAGGAGUAUUGCAGGAUCUUCCUUCUUUGCUGGUCUAGCACUGGCAAAUUUUCUCAGUGGUUUUCUUGUUUCGACAGUCCACAAAGUUACUGCAUCAACUAAAUCUGGAGAUUGGUUGUCUGAGGAUCUUAACAAGGCGAAAUUGGAUCAUUUCUACUAUGUGAUUGGUGUUCUGGGGAUACUCAACUUGGCAUAUUUCAUGCUGUGUGCUAAGUGGUACAGAUACAAAGUUCGUGAAGAUGAUAACUCAGUGGAGAUGUCCAAGAAAACAAAGGAUUCUGUGAAGCACCAUGUGUGAAUGGUACUUGAAAUCUGCAUUAUCAUAAAGGAAAAUUUGGUUGAAAAAAAGAAACCAAUAUCAAGCAUAUUAAUUUGUAUUUUCAAGUUUCUUCUUCUAAUUGAUCAUCAGAUAGUAUCUCAGUUUAGAGAGAAGGCAAUCAAGAUUUCAUUCCUUCUCAGUAUCAAUGCAGCUAAAAUUAUCACUUCUUUGACUUAGUUUGUUUUAG